AUGGGUUGUGCUGCCAGCAUUGUUCUGCUCCAAGCCUUUCGUUCUGUGGUACAGAGGAACUGUCCACAUAUCUGCAGGCGACGACGACGAGAGGAGUUGUCACAUGAAAUUCUGCCGCUGGAUAGUGAUGAUGAAAUGAGCAGACCAAGGACUCUCAUCAUAAUGCAGGAAAAACCCAAGCUCUUGGAGCCUUUGGAUUAUGAAGCUGUUAUCACAGAGAUUGAGAAAAAUAUUGGGGAUAACCAGUUUAAGGAUCUGAUAUUAUUCCCCGACGAUGACUUUUCAACAGACACAAUUUCACUGGAAAUCAGGACGCUGUACCCUUCUGUACCUGAAGAUGCAGAACAAAAAGCAGAAAAUUUAUUUGUUAAAGAGGCUUGUAAAUACUACAGUUCCCAGUGGCAUGUUGUGAACUACAAAUAUGAACAGUAUUCAGAAGACUUUCGACACUUACCACAAAAUGAAUGUAGACCAGAGAAACUGCCGUCACAUUCCUUUGAAAUCGAUCAUGAAGAUGUGGAUAAGGAUGAAGAUACAACAUCCCACUCAUCUUCAAAAGGUGGUGGUGGUGGAGGAGGAGGAGGAUUGGCAGCAGGAGUUUACAAGUCUGGAUGGCUUUAUAAAGGGAAUUUCAACAGCACUGUAAACAAUAGCAUUACUGUUCGGUCAUUCAAAAAGCGCUACUUCCAGCUGACACAGUUGUCGGAUAACUCAUAUAUUAUGAAUUUUUAUAAAGAUGAAAAAAUAUCAAAGGAGCCAAAGGGAUGUAUUUUCUUAGAUUCUUGUACAGGAGUUGUACAGAAUAACAGACUUAGGAAACAUGCCUUUGAAUUGAAAAUGAAUGACCUCACAUACUUUGUGCUGGCAGCUGAAAAUGAGCAGGAUAUGGAUGACUGGAUUUUCACUCUCAACAAAAUCCUGCAAAUAAGUCCAGAGGGAACCAUUCAGGAGAGGAAAAGUGCAGAUCUCACUGAUCUGAAACUUGACCCUGCAGAGGUUUCGGUGAAUUACGAUUGCUCUCAAGAAGAGAGUGAUUCUUCAGAGAACACCUUGCACCCAGACUUCGCAAAAUACAUCACAGAAACAGAAGAAACGGUGAAAGCCUCUCGAAAUACAGAGCGUCUAAAUCUUUUCUCUUUGGAUCCUGAUAUAGCAUUAUUGAAUCCUCAGAAAAAGGAGUUUCCAGGGACAAACUCGGUGAUCAAGCCAUUUGAAGAAAAGCCUGCAAAGAGAAUCCUGAUAACUUGUAAAUCCCUCAGUUUGAAUCUCCAGGCCUGUGUUACUGAAAAUGAGAAUGAUCCUUCAACAAAUGUAGAGCCUUUCUUUGUGAGCGUGGCGCUGUAUGAUGUCAGGGAUGGCAGGAAGAUCUCUGCUGAUUUUCAUGUGGAUUUGAACCACACACUCGUUAGACAGAUGAUUUCAGGUUCCUCGUUUUCAUUAGAAAAUGGCACUGUUGAAAAUACAGACUCAAAUGAAAUGGAAGAACCACAGGUCAAGGGGUUCCCGGAAGAAUGGCUGAAAUACCCAAAACAGGCUCUUUUCUCCAUAAGUAAUCCUCAUUCUGAGAUCGUAUUAGUGGCAAAAAUAGAAAAAGUGCUUACGGGAAACAUUGCCAGCAGUGCUGAACCUUACAUUAAGAAUCCUGAUUCUUUUAAGUGUGCACAAAAAGUGUUAAAAUCCAAUAAGCAGUUCUGCAGCAAGCUGGGGAAAUACCGUAUGCCAUUCGCUUGGUCAGUGAGACCAGUGUUUAAAGAUAAUCAGGGAAAUGUUGACAGAGACUCCCGAUUCUCACCUUUAUUCAGGCAAGAAAGUAAUAAGAUUUCCAUGGAAGAUUUGAUUAAACUAAUAGCAGAAUACAGAAGAGCAGAGAAGAUUAGCAAAAUACAGACUAUACCCGGCUGUUUGGAGAUUGCAGUUGAUUGUGUUCCUUUGGAACAUCCAAACUGUGUAACUUCAUCUUUUAUUCCAAUCAAGCCAUUUAAUGACAUAAAGGACCAUCAACCUACAGUGGAAGUUGAAGAGUUUGUACAGGAAUCAACAAAAUAUUCUCGACCUUACAGAGUGUACAAGAACCAAAUAUACAUAUAUCCAAAACACCUCAAGUAUGAUAGUCAAAAAUACUUCAACAAGGCACGGAAUAUAACAGUGUGCAUUGAAUUUAAAAGCUCUGAUGAAGAAGGAGCAAAGCCACUGAAGUGUAUUUAUGGGAAGCCAGGUGGACCAUUAUUUACAACGGCAGCCUACACCGCUGUGCUACAUCAUUCCCAGAAUCCUGAUUUCUAUGAUGAGGUGAAAAUUGAACUUCCCACUCAACUCCAUAAGAAACACCACAUUCUGUUUUCAUUUUAUCAUGUCACCUGUGACAUAAAUGCAAAAGCUAAUGCCAAAAAGAAAGAGGCUCUGGAAACACCAGUGGGAUACGCAUGGCUUCCUUUGUUGAAAGAUGCCCAGUUAGCUUCCCAAGAACACAAUGUGCCAGUGGCAAGCAGUCUGCCUCCCAAUUACUUGAGCCUUCAAGAACCAACUAGUGGAAAGCAGAUCGGCUGUGAUGUAAAAUGGGUCGAUAGUGGGAAACCACUUUUCAAAGUCUCUACUUUUGUUGUAUCGACAGUAAAUACACAGGAUCCAUACCUGAAUGAUUUUUUCCAGCAGUGCCAAGAAAGGGAAAAGGAUCUAUCCCAGCCUCCUACCUCAAACUUUGUCAAUUCUUGUGAGAAUUUGCUGAAGAUCGAGAAGAUCCAUGUAAUUAUGAAUUUUCUUCCUGUAGUCCUGAAUCAACUCUUCUGGGUUUUGGUGCAAAACAGUGAUGAUGAAGUUACAACAGCUGUGACCAG